ACACCUGAGGCUGAAGCUCUGUGAUCAUUUCCGCCAGCCACUGCGAAGUUGUCAAGCGGACACUAGGACCACGCGGAGCGCUGUGUCGGGCAGCCGUCGCUCACUCAGCCGUUGCUGCUCCUCGUCCUCCUCAACAGAUUAAACAGUUAUUGGGAGGUUAACGUCUGCGUCUGUGUCUCUGAGGGACUCUCAAUUAUUACCUGACACUUCCCUUUCGUUUUUUUUCUCUCUCUCUACGUAAUGUGGUUAUGAUGAGGUGAGGAUGGCCAAACGACCGGGGACUGACGACGGGAUGUUGACUUCGCCGACCAUUCUCCGGAAUUUCGCCGCCGAUUUGAACGCGGGGGACGUGAGCAUGGACUGCGGCGACGGAGCCGCGGACGUCUCCCUGGAGGAAAUUCUGAAACUGUACGGCCAGCCGAUAAACGAGGAGCAGGCAUGGGCGGUGUGUUAUCAGUGCUGUCGGACUUUAGCGCAGAAGCACCGGAGGAAAAGCUCCAAGUCGGCCGGGGCUUCGGCUGUCGGCUAUCCGAGAAGGAUUGAGGGACCCGGGGACGUGAUCAUCUGGAGAGACGGGACUGUCAAACUGCACUUUGAAGGCGGCACAGAUAAAUAUGGAUCAGCCCCCACAUCAUUAGAGGUUAUCGACUCACUGGGUGUCAUGAUCUACAAAGCGCUGGACUAUGGCCUGAAAGAAAACGAGGAGCGGGAACUGAGCCCGCCGCUCGAGCGCUUGAUCGACAUGAUGACCAACACCCAAGAAACGGAGAGCGACCCCUGUCCCGACGAGGGCUACGAAGCCACAGAGGAGGAAGACGAGUGUGAGGAAGAAGAGGAGGAAGAGGAGCCCGUCUCCACUACCGCCACCAGCUCGGUCAGCCAGAUUCGCAGCUAUCGAGAUGUCAUCAUGAUAUGUUCUUCCCACCUGCCGAGCCCAUCCGACGCUCCCAAUCAUUACCAGGCUGUGUGUCGCGCUCUCUAUGCUGAGACGAGAGAACUACACACCUUUCUCGACAAGAUCAAGAGUGCCAAAGAGAACCUUCGGCGAAUGGAAGGUGAUACUCAGGAACGCGUUAGAGACCUCGAUGAGCUGCAAAAUGCAGAUUGGGCACGGUUCUGGGUGCAGGUGAUGAGAGAUCUUCGGGACGGUGUGAAGUUGAAGAAGGUUCAGGAGCGUCAGUACAACCCGCUGCCUAUCGAAUACCAGCUCACACCGUAUGAGAUGCUGAUGGACGACAUCCGCUCCAAGCGCUACAAGCUGCGAAAAGUCAUGGUGAAUGGAGACAUCCCACCCAGGUUAAAGAAGAGCGCGCAUGAGAUCAUUCUUGAAUUCAUCAGGUCGCGACCGCCUCUUAACCCUGUCGCAGCCCGCAAACUGAAACCCCACCCGGUGCGUCCUCGGAGCCUCCACGAGCGACUGCUGGAGGACAUCAAGGCUGAGAGGAAGCUCAGGCCGGUAUCACCAGACAUGAUCCGCAGAAGCCGCCUGGGCGCAGGGAAAAGCAUCAGCACGCCUCAAGACUUGUUCCGCAGCUCAGACACUCCAGAUGCAUCAAGGAAGUUGGCAGUCAGCACCCAGUCUCUGGCCAGUGGCACCACGGGACCCAACCAAGGAGGAGUGCAGCCGCUCAGCCAGAGGAAGAGGCUGCUGAGAGCGCCCACGCUGGCCGAGCUGGACAGCUCCGAAUCUGAUGAGGAGGGCACACGAAGCACCUCCAGUAUGUCGACGUCUUUGAUAGACGACACGUCACCCGAGUCUGUCGUAGGGAAGAAGGCCCCUCCAAAGUUCCUGCCCAUCUCAGCCACCCCGCAGCCAGACAAGCGUCAGUCUCCACAGAGGCGGCACUCCAUCGAGAAGGAGGCCCCCACCAGUGUUCGCGGCUUUGCGCCUCCCUCCAGACAAACCUCCAAGUCUUUGCUGAUGGCGGAUCCCGGUGCCAAGGUGGAAGCCGCGAGUGGUGCUCAGGGCACGGAGGAGUUCUGUUACCCAGUGGAGUGUCUGGCUCUCACAGUGGAGGAGGUGAUGCACAUCAGACAGGUCCUGGUCAAGGCCGAGCUGGAGAAGUUCCAGCAGUACAAAGACAUCUACACCGCCCUCAAGAAAGGAAAGCUGUGCUUUUCAUGUCGGACCAAGAGGUUCUCUUUCUUCACCUGGUCCUACACCUGCCAGUUCUGCAAAAGGCCCGUGUGUUCCCAGUGCUCUAAAAAGAUGAGGCUGCCGUCUAAGCCCUACUCCACCCUGCCCAUCUAUUCUUUGGGCCCUGUCGCUGCGGCUAAAGAGGAAGCAGGUGGAGCCUCUGCUGAGCCAGAGAAGAACCCAUUUGGGUCCGGACAUAGCCGACACAGCCUGCGCAGAAGUAUGAGGUUUUCUAAGCACAGCAGUAAAGAUUGUCAGUCGGAGGAUGAGCCGGACCUGCCCAAGGAGCUCACCGAGGACUGGGUCACCAUGGAGAUCUGCGUAGACUGCAAAAAGUUCAUAACGGAGAUCAUCUCCUCCAGCAAGCGCAACCUGUGCGUGGCCACCAAGCGCGCCCGCCUCAAUCGCAAAACUCAAUCCUUCUACAUGUCGUCGUCCAGCUCAGUCAACUUCAGGCCGUCCGAGCGCACCAUCAAGGAGGUGUGAGGACGUGGGAUUUUGGUCUAGUUUUGUUCAUGCCUCUUCCCCAGAGCUUAGUGUUCAAAUGAAAAAGAAGGAAAAAAUCCCCUCUUACUCUAGUUUCUGACUGGCCCACUGUGACCACGAAGCCAGUCCUUCCCGGCCCAAAGUUAGGUUCUUAUACCUUACCCCCGUCUCAGGAAUAGUUGGCACGCUAUGAUUGGUCAGGACUCGAGAGUAGCUGCCAGAAAACAAAGGAGAGCCAUGUUUGUACAAGUCAGUGAUCAUUCAGGACAUGGUGGGUAGAAUGGAUAAAUUGAGCUGCUGAUGUUGCGGUUGUUAACCAGAUGAGAGAGAGAGAGAGAGAGAAUGUAUAUGUGACUUGAGAGCAGGAUAAGAUGAUACAGAAAGCCAAAAGUUGCAGUAAUGACAUGUAAAUAGUAUGAAGGCCCAUCCCUAAUCUUAGCUAUGAAUCAGUUUUCCAGUUCCUGUUUACUUCUUGCACUCAGGAAGAUCAAUAGAUUGUCUUUUUUGACAGAAAUGCACUGUAGAUCCUGCUUUCAGGUCUGUUGGGGUAGAUCUCUGCCACUCCCCUGCCCCUUCUCUUAUUCUUCCAGCAACACUUAUGCCAAAUGUUAUUCAUUUUUUUUUGUUUUAGCCAGUUUAAAUAGCAUAUUCACAGUUCUCUGAUGUUGUAGGGACGACACGUUGAGAGGUGAUGGUAGUCACAUCGUUUUUUGUUUUUGUUUUUUCUGGGUGAGUUUUAGCGAUUUAGUUUUUAAUGUAUAUUCAAUUCUGUGCCUGGUGCCAAAAUGUAAGUUCUUUCUUUGAAUGCCUUUGUAGUUACGGACCUACUGUACAUAGUGUGUGAUAGACUCAGCGGGAGACGUUAGGGUAAUCCAAGGUUUGGUUUCUUGCCCCUCCAUGUUCAAAGAGGGGCAGUAGAAGCACAGAAAUGUUGGUUUAUGAAUGUGUACAUGCUGUAUAUCUUAAUUGUUCCAAAUUUAAUAUAAAAAAAAAAAACCUUAAUGAAAUAGAAGUAUAAUUUUACCAUGUUUUAAGAUUUCUGCCUCUGGAGUUUCUUUAUCUGAAAUUCAUCUCUGAUACCUUUAUUAGUGUCAUUAUGUUUGUGUCAACGUAAUAUUAAGAUUUUUAUUUCUAUUGUAUAGUUUAUAAACUCCUCAGUGUUAAGAGACUCCUAAAUCGCACUUUUAUUGGACCGAUUUAAUGUUUAUGUUGGGGUUAUUUUUUUGUCUUAAUUAAUAAUAAUUAUUAAAUGUCUUGGGGGGGUCUAUAGUGCCAUUUCCCAGGGGUUCCCCAUGAAUGAAAGUUUGUGUGAAUGGUUACAGGUUGUUUGUAAGGGUGGAAUAAUGGCUCCAACAAAACAAAACACUCCAGUGAAUUGAAUGUAGGCUAAUUUUAAGUGUUUAACUGUCAUUGAAUAUACUUUAUGAACUUUUAUUCUCUCUGUCUCUCUCUCCCUCUCUUUUUCUUUUUCUGUCUCUCACCCACCCACACACACACACACACAGGUGUUCAUAUAGUGUGUUUUGUGACAGUUUUUACAAAAAUGAACACGACGCCUAACCAGCCUGUUAAAUACCGACGCCAUGUUCCAGCGAACCGUACAUCUGACCAGUUUAGAUCUCUGUAAGGAAUGUAUGCAUGCUGUUCUGUGAUCUCUUUGUUUUUAUCAAAGAAAUUAUAAUAAAAUCAUCAUGAUUCUUAA